AUGGCCCCGCUUUACAAGAAAACCCUCAUCAUCGGCGCCACCUCCGGCAUUGGCGAGGCCCUCGCCGCGAAACUGCACGCCGAGGGCACUUCUGUAAUCGUUACCGGCCGCCGCCAGGAUCGUCUCGAUGCGUUUGUUGCGAAUCAUCCCGGGUCUAGUGGUGUCGUGAUCGACAUCACCAAGUUCGAUGACAUCCCGUCUUUCGUCGCCUCCGUCACGCAGCAGCACCCUGAUAUCGACAGCGUGGUACUCAAUGCCGGCAUCCAACGGCCGUUUAACUUCGCCAAGCCUGAGACUGUAGACUUGUCUACCUUCGCUGAGGAGUUUAACACUAAUUACGUGUCUUUCGUGCACCUGGUUAAGGCCUUCUUGCCGCACUUACAGCGCGUAUCCAAGGAUGCCGAGGCUCACUUGGUAUUUAUAAAUGCCUCGUUGGCACUUGUACCGACGUUAACUCGUACACCCGGAUAUAACGCCAGCAAGGCAGCACUCCACUCCUUCAUCGUCAAUGUGCGACAGCAGAUCAAAGACGCCGGUUAUAAGAUCCGCCUUGUUGAAGUGUUCCCUCCCGCGGUGCAGACAGAGAUCCAUGACACGAAGCACCAACCAGACAUGAUAAACGGCCAUGAGAUAGGCAUGCCCCUUGGCCCUUAUACCGAGCGCAUGUACGAGGGCUUGCAGAAGGGCGAUGAGCAGUUUGCUAUCGGACACGCAGAGGAGUGGCUUAAUGAAGGCGGUUUCGAGGCUACGCGAGCGAAGCUAUUCGAACAAGGUCACGUCACUAUCAAGGAGGCCCUGGCGAAGUAUGUGAAAAGUGCAUAG